GUAAAAAAAACAGCGUAUAUUUUCAUAAAAUCAUAUUGUUUCUUCUAAAAUCUACAACAUGUAUCACAUUCAAUAAUAUUCGUGUGUGCACGUGUUAGUUUUGGUUGGUCUUUAGUGUCUGCUGAGAGUUUGAUCUGGAUAAAGGUUUGCAGCGAGACUCAGGCGCCACCAAAUGACGUCACUCCUCCGCGACGAACCUGCGAAGAUGGCUUCGCUAAAGAAGGGGAAGAAGGUGGUGAAUCAAGACGAUUUGCGGCGCUUAAUGAAAGAGAAGAAGCAGUCUAGCGAGCGUCAGAAGCGCGUCGAAUCGCCGUACGCCAAAUACAACAGCGUGGGUCAGCUGAGCUGCGCGCUGUGUAACGCGCCGCUGAAGAGCGCGCUGCUCUGGCAGACACACGUGCUGGGAAAACAGCAUAAAGAUAAAGUCAGCGAGCUGAAGAACAGAGAGAGCACUAACACACCGGCAGCGCCCUCACCUUCACCCUCAUCCUCAUCCUCAGCACUGAAGAGGAAGAGGCCCGCGCCGGAGAACACGUCUACAUCCGGGACCCCCGUGCAGCCGCCGCGCGCCGCAGCUGCAGGGGGUCUGGGGCUGCUCGCGGGACACUACGAUGAUGAUGAUGAUGAUGAAGGUGAAGGAGGCUCCACUAAAGCUGAAGCUGGUCUCCCGCUGGAUUUCUUCGACUCCUCUGCUCCUCCGGCCGUGUCUCACUCCGGCUCCGUCUCUAAAGCUGAGGAGGAGGAGAAGAAGGAUGAGGAGAGGAAGGACGGUGCGGCCGAGGCUCUGCCUGAGGGCUUUUUCGAUGAUCCGGUGAGGGACGCUCGGGCCAGGAACGUGGACACACCACAGGACCUGAUGGAGCGCGAGUGGGAGGAGUUCCAGAAGGAGCUGCGUCAGGUGAGCAGCGCCUCGGAGGCCAUCGUGGCAGAGGAGGAUGAGGAGGGCCGUCUGGAGCGGCAGAUCGACGAGAUCGAUGAACAGAUCCAGUGCUUCCGGCGUGUGGAGGCCCUCCGCUCCCGACAGGAAGAGGUGAAGAACGUGAUGAAGAGAGAGAGACAGAAGAAAGAGGAGACACACGCCAGCACUGAGGAGGAGGAGGAGGAGGAAGAGCUGGAGCAUGUGCUCACACAGGACUGGAGAGCUAAAGGAGCUCUGGCAUAGACACGUGUUGGAUCAGAACGCUCUCGGGAGUCCUCACGGCUCCUGUCAGUUAUCUUCUAACGCUCUACUCUUUCAGACUGACCAGACUCAGGACGCUCGUGUUUAUAAUGACUUCACAUUUGAUGCUUGUGUGUACCAUGAAAGAUGAUAAUACAGAAUAUUUCUGCA